AUGGAGGAAGACAUGAAUCUGCUGAACAUACGUAGCGAUCGUAACCCGAUGGUGGUUGCGAAGCAAACCGAUACAAGUUCUCCUGCAAGACGCGCCCUCCACCCGGUCAAGGUGAACGUGAUGCAGAGAAUCAGAAGCUUCCUUGGGGACUCGUCGGCUCCAGGCUCUGCGUCCAAGAAAGUCUCGUCCGCUAAGAAGGAGCGAGGGUCCUCGGCCAAGAAGCAAUGCCCUGCAAGAAACUAUGACGCGCUUCCUUCCAUCGACCUUCAGAUCUUCUACGACGAUGUGCCUCAGCCUGCCAGAAGCAUCGAGAGGAACAUCUGUCUGUCGGAAGACAUCAUGGCGCUGGUGAUGAAGUUCAUGGACAUGAAUACCGCUCUCAACGCUCGUCUCGUGUGCAAGUCCUGGAAGAAGCUGGUCUCAGACGCCAACCUUCAGCCGCUAGAGGCCAACCUCAAAGGCGAGGAGCUUCAGACUGGCCUUGACGCUCAGAGUCUCCUGCUGACCAACAGGAGGCUUGAGAACAACAUCUGGACGCAGUCGCACGCGUGCUCUAUGAGGACGCAUCUGUCACGGCAGGAGACUGUGACAGAGGAGAUGAGGACUGUGCUGGUCAACUGGCUCAUCGAAGUUCACUUCAAGUUCCGAUACAGAGAGCCUUGCCUACACCUCACCAUACAGCUUUUGGAUCGUUUCCUCGCUCGUCGUGUUGUGCCGAGGAGGAGGUACCAGACUGCGGGUGUGACUGCCUUUCUUCUCGGCUGCAAGUUUGAGGAGCGCCAAAACCCUCACGUCGGGGACUUGUCGUACAUCACCGAGUACUCCUCUACCCGGCAGAACAUCGUGGACAUGGAGCGAGAAAUGCUCCUUCAGCUGGGGUUCGAUCUCGUCCAGCCCAAACCAUCUUGCUUCCUUGAAAGAUUCUCUAAGGCUGCGGGCCUUGAGACAACUCAGAGGAUUGACGGGAAGAUGUCGGUCUCACACAGCAUCACGCUUUUCUUCAUCGACGUUUCCUUCCUCGACUACACCUGUUGCGGCACCAAACCUUCGUUGAUCGCUGCUGCUGCGAUCAUGUGCACCUUGAGGGUUUUGAAUCGUUCUGAGUGGACGGAGAAGCUCGCCUACUACACGGGAUACUCGAGGUACGAGGUCAAGAUGAUAGCCGACAAGCUCGAGGAUAGAGCCGGGCGACCUUUGAGCUCGGCCAUGCAACUGAAAUAUGGGUGA